GUGCCGCCCCCUCCCUGCGCGGAGCCGCACCGGCGGCACCGGCGGCACCGUCGCGCUGCUGCGGGCGGGCCCCUCCCGCCGCCGGCACCGGGGACACGAUGCGUCCCCAAAGCCCCUGGGCCGCCGGCCCGGCAGCUCUGCUGCUCCUCGCGGGAAUCCUCGGCUCCGAGGCGCUGCAGAGCCCCCGGGGGAGGAAGAAGGUGGUUCAUGUCAUGGAGGGUGACAGCGGGGCCGUGGUGGUGCAGACGGCCCCGGGCAAGGUGGUGACUCACCGGGGCGGGACCAUCAUCCUGCCCUGCCGCUACCACUACGACGUGUCCGCGCACGACCCGGCCGAGAUCCGCCUCAAGUGGACCAAAGUGACGGAGCCCAUGGCGUUCGUGGACGUGUUCGUGGCGCUGGGCGAGGCCCGGCGGGCGUUCGGGCCCUACCGCGGGCGCACGGCCCUGCAGGAGGACGGGGCGGGCGACGCCUCCCUCAUCAUCCGCAACGUGACCCUGCAGGACUACGGGCGCUACGAGUGCGAGGUCACCAACGAGCUCGAGGACGACACCGGCGUGGUCAAGCUGGACCUCGAAGGCGUCAUCUUCCCGUACCACCCUCGCCUGGGCCGCUACACCCUCAACUUCCACGAGGCUCAGCAGGCGUGCCUGGAGCAGGACGGCAUCCUGGCGUCCCACGACCAGCUGCACCAGGCCUGGCUGGAGGGCAUGGACUGGUGCAACGCGGGCUGGCUGGAGGACGGCUCGGUGCAAUACCCCAUCUCCCGGCCGCGGGAGGAGUGCGGCCGCAAGGACACGCCCGUGGGCGUGCGGAACUACGGCUACCGGCACAAGGAGAGCGAGCACUACGACGCCUUCUGCUUCACCUCCAACCUCAACGGCAAAGUUUACUUCCUGAAGACGUUCCGCAAGCUGAGCUACCCGGAGGCGGUGCAGGCCUGCAAGAACAACGGCGCGGCCGUGGCCAAGGUGGGGCAGCUGUACGCGGCCUGGAAGCUGCAGCUGCUGGACCGCUGCGAGGCGGGCUGGCUGGAGGACGGCAGCAUCCGCUACCCCAUCGUCAACCCCCGCGCCCGCUGCGGCGGCCGCGAGCCCGGCGUGCGCAACCUGGGCUUCCCCGACAAGAAGUACAAGCUCUUCGGCGUCUACUGCUUCAAAAAGGCCGGGGAUGCGCCCCCGGAGAAGGCGGCGGCGGGCGGGGGGGGGACACACCCCAACCGCGUGUGAGGGAGCGUCUCCUCAGGUUUGGCCGGGGAACGCGGCCCCCCCCAAAAAAAAAACCGCGCCUGGGUGUUUGUCGCCGGGCUCCCCGGGGGUCGCGGCGGAGCUGCGGGCAGCCCCCGCCUCGGGCCGGAGCCCGGUGGCGCUCGAGGGGGGGAAAACUUGAGGCGGCGGGAGGGGAAGGACUUUGGGAGCGCUGCCCCCGGGCCCGGGGCUGGCUCCCCGCGCUCCCCGCUCGUCGCAGCUCUUGCUUCUCGACCUGCCUGUUGCAUGUGCUAAAGGCCCAUCAGAGCCUCCAUCCUCACCCCCCCACAGCGCUGAUACCCCCCCGCCCCAACCCCCGGGAGGUGCCGCGGGCCACCGGUGUCACGGCACCGUCAGGUCUCUGCAGGGGACUGACCUGCCGCGGGCUCCCCAAAACGCCUCUUUGGCGCUGGGCAAGGACUGGGGGCACUGGGCAGCCCGGGGGGGGGCACUGGGCAGCCUGGGAGGGGGCACCCACAGCCCCUCCAGCCCUCGCCGGGGCCGGGGCAGCUCCUUCGCUUGGCUUCGUGCGGAUGAAGUGGGAGGGGCUGGGUGGGCACCGCCCCCCGCGCCCACCCCGCCGGGCACCCCCCGAGGCUUUUGGCAGCCCUGGGCACCCCCCCGAGGCUUUUGGCAGCCCCGAACGUAGAUGAAAUAAAAGCUUCGGCCGCUUUGGAGAGCUGA